CGUCCUGCUGUCUUGAUGAGGAAUUCUGUCCCCCGUAUGGCCCCUUCGACACAUUGGACGCAUAUAAGGCGCACAGAUCCACGCCCGCCCUUGUCAAAUACUCAAGCAAGUCCAGAGCAGCGAUCAGUCCAAGCAACACAACUGCAGAGUGAAUCAACAUAUACAUAGCAGCAUGCGUACCCCUCUCUCUCACCUAAUCGCCAUAAUCCCAUUACUGGCAUCCGUCCAGGCAAGCCUGAAGGUCGGUCACGAAAAUGCUCCAGAGAUCACUUCACUCGAAGCGGUCCGUGCCCUGAAUCACGCGCACUCAAAUAUGACAUUCAUGGAGCCCACAGCUGGUCGCCACAAAGUCAAGUCUACCCAAGCAACGUCACCGUGGCUUUUCUAUCGGAGGAACUCAGUCGAGCCCAGGAGGAUCGCAUCAACAAGGGUAAACUCGCUAGCCUCACUAAGCGCCAAAACGCGUGUUUCGCGCUCCUGCACAGAGGUGCCGGGCGGCGAAUGGGUGCACCGUACCUGCAUCUAUAUUGGCAACUGCGGCGCUCUGUGCACGUUCUGCUAUCCCACAUUUUGCCUUUGAGCGGCGCAGGCCGUAGCAUAGCCUAUAUGUCCUAAGUUUAAUUCUUUUUUUUUGUUUCUUUUCU